UAUAGUCCUACCAACCGAAUUUGGGUCGUCACUUUCAAGUAGUAGGCGUUUAACAUUUCAACUUCCACACUUCAAAAACCAACCUCCAAUUCUCUCUGCACACACACACACACACACUGCAUUUGCAGAAGCAAUCUACAGAAAGCCAUGUCUUGGAAAAUGAGAGUGGUGUUGUUGAUGGGUUUGGUGGCAUGGGGUUACCGGGCAUUCCGGCCUCCAGCGCCCCGCCUCUGUGGCACGAGGGGCGGGCCGCCCCUCGUAGGUCCUAGAAUCAAACUUAGGGAUGGAAGGCACCUAUCAUACAAGGAACAUGGAGUCCCCAAAGAGGCAGCCAAAUACAAGGUCAUCUUGGUUCAUGGCUUUAGCUCUAGCAAACACGAAGCCUCCAUCACUGCAACGGAAAUGGUGGAGAAACUAGGUAUAUACUUCGUGUCCUUCGAUAGGCCCGGUUAUGGAGAGAGCGACCCCAACCCAAAGAGGACCAUACAGAGCUUAGCAUUCGACAUAGAAGAGCUCGGAGAUCAGUUAGAACUCGGCCCCAAGUUUUACAUCAUCGGAACUUCCAUGGGAGGGCAGGCCGUUUGGGGAUGCCUCAAGUACAUUCCUCACAGGCUAGCAGGAGCUGCAUUGUUAGCUCCUGUUGUGAACUACUGGUGGCCUAGUUUUCCUCGGGCGUUGGCCAGAGACGCAUACGCUCUCCAACCUGUUCAGGACCAAUGGGCAUUGCGUGUGGCACGCUAUGCCCCGUGGCUCGUCUACUGGUGGAACACUCAGAAAUGGUUCCCGGGCUCAAGCGUUGCUGCAGGGACACAAAACCUCACUGUGCCCGACCUUGAGAUCGUUGCAAGAAUGGUUGCAUCGGGAGUGUCUCACAAGGCGUAUGCAACGCAACAGGGGGUGCACGAGUCAUACCACCGCGACAUGAUGGUUGGAUUUGGGGAUAGGGAUUUGGAUCCUAUGAAGCUUGAGAAUCCGUUCCCCCAUGGAGAAGGAUCUGUUCAUGUGUGGCAUGGGAUUGAAGACGGCGUCGUGCCCGUCUCUCUUCAACGCUACAUUGUCCAGAAGCUUCCAUGGAUACAAUACCAUGAACUGCCAAAUGCUGGCCAUCUCUUCUCAUGUGGUGAAACUGCUAUCAAAGAUGCUAUCUUCACCAAGCUUUUCAUACCUCAUAAAAUGGAUCACUGAUUCAUUGUUUUUGUGAACUCACUGUGAUUCAUCCAAUCUUUGAGAUUAAAUUUAUGCCAAUUCUAUGUUAUUUUUUUUUUUGGAAAGAAGCCUUUACUAGAACAAGUCUGGUAUAGUGGUAUAGUGGUAUGCUAAGAUUUUUCAAUGCAUUUGGUUGAUUGCUGGUUUUGAUCUAUGAUCUCUCUCUUGAUGAACAAAAUACAUUUCCUGCUUCUUUUUUGCCCUUUUGUUAGUGAUGAUGAUUCAAAUCUAAUAAAUGCAUACGUUAUUUA